AGUUAGUUAAACUUUAAAAAAAAAAUCUAUAACACGGAUUCUAUGAAUGAAAACCGGUGACUAAUUUUUUAUGUCCCGGCAAUGGUAAAAAAAGUCUCCGGUUGCCAAUAGCGCGUCUUGGUGAAGCGAUGACGACUUGACGAGUACUAGUGGCUACGCGCGCUUCGGUUGCUAUCCCCGUGUUCCGAGGAGCCGUCACUAAAAACCCACGACUCCAUCGCAACCGCCAACACACACGCACGCAGCAGCGAGCCAGCGACCGCGGCGACGCUCUCUCAUCACCAAUCGCCCAUGGCCACGGGCACCGACCGUCCAUGGUGGGCGCCGCCGCCGCCGCCGCCGCCGCCAACGCCAAAGCCGCCCGCGGCGGUUCCCUCCGCCCCGCGGUUCCCCUCCCCGCCGUCGCCGUCGUCGUCGUUCACGGCCGACCCGCCGGCGGAGUUCCUCUGCCCGAUCUCCGGCACGCUGAUGGCGGACCCCGUCGUCGCGCCACCGGGCCAGACUUUCGAGCGCGCCUGCAUCCAGGCCUGCGCCGCGCUCGCCUUCUCCCCGCCAGCCGUCGCCGCCGACCUCUCUCAGUCCCACCACUCCUCGUCGUCGUCGUCCCCGCUCGUGCUCGUCCCCAACGUCGCGCUCCGCACCGCCAUCCUCAACUGGUGCGACCGCCUCGCGCUGCCGCACCCAGCGCCGCUGUCGCCGGACACCGCCCACGACAUCGUGCGCCGCCUCAUGCCGCCGCAGCAGCGGAGCUCGCUGGCGCAGCCGCAGCGACCGCAGACGCAGGUCGCCUCGUCGGUUCGGGUGAGGCGACCCAGCGUCUUCGACGGCUUCGCGCAGGUGCAGGAGCCGAGCUCCAGACAGAGGGGUGACGCUCUGGAGGAGGAGAUCAUGGCCGCGCUCGGGGCGGACGGCGCCACCCCCGCGGAGCAGGCGUCGGCGAUGGCCUUGCUGCGGCAGGCGACGCGGGAGAACCAGGAGGUAAGGCGGCAGCUCUGCACGCCGCGGCUCCUCGCCGCGCUGCGCCCCAUGCUGCUGUCGCCCGACGCCGACGUCCAGGUCAACGCGGCGGCGGCGGUGGUCAACCUGUCGCUGGAGCCCGAGAACAAGGUGCGGAUCGUGCGGUCCGGGGCGGUGUCGCCGCUCGUGGACGUGCUCCGCGGCGGCCACCCGGAGGCGCGCGACCACGCCGCGGGCGCCAUGUACAGCCUCGCCGUGGAGGACGAGAACCGCGCCGCCAUCGGCGUGCUCGGCGCCAUCCCGCCGCUGCUGGACCUGUUCGCGGGCGCCGGCGCCACGGGCCACCGCGCGCGGCGCGAGGCAGGGAUGGCGCUGUACCAUGUCUCCCUCUCCGGUAUGAACCGCUCCAAGAUCGCUCGCGCGCCGGGCGCUGUGCGGACGCUGCUCUCCGCGGCCGAGGCGCGGGACCGCGCGAGCGAGACCGACGCCGCCGCGCUCCGGAGGCUGGCCGUCAUGGUCCUGGCCAACCUCGCGGGCUGCCCCGACGGGCGCGCCGCGCUGAUGGACGGCGGCGCGGUGGCCGCGGUCGUCAGGCUGAUGCGCAACGGCUCCGUGGCUCCCGGGAGCGCGGAGCAGGAGUACUGCAUAUCCACGCUCUACGGGAUGAGCCGGGGCAGCAUGAGGUUCCGCGGGCUCGCGCGCGCGGCCGGGGUCGAGGCCGCGCUGCAGCCGGUGGCCGAGGGCGAAGGAGGCGUGGGGCGAGACCUGGCGCGGCGCACGCUGCGGGCUAUGCGCGGCGAGGACGACGACGCCCCGGUCACGGCCACCGGACUACUCGGACGGCAGUGGGACGACGGCAGCGUCGUGUCGGAGGGGCUUGUCUCCAUCCGGCGGCCGCCGCACCGGAGCAAUUACGCCGGGCCGUCCGGGUCAAACACAACCCAGUUCUGAAAAAAAAAAAACAAAGUCAAAGUCUUCGUUUUCUGCACGCUGUCCUGCCGUCUCGAUCAAGUCUUUGGAACUGUAUGUAUUUUGGUUACCAUAGCAGAAAAAUAUUGCAAGGUCCCUCUUGUCUUGUAUAAACUGUACAGGCCUGUUUGGAACGGAGGAAUCAAAAACAAAGGAAUGGGAAAAAAAUACAGGAAUAGAAUAGAUGUGUAAUGAUAAAACAGAGGAAAAGAAAACUGCAGGAAAUGACUAGAUAGAGGUGUUUGGAACACAGGAUUCGUAACACAAGAAUCUUAAAAUAUAUAUGAUUAUAAGUGUCA